ACUUCCUGAUGGUGAAAAAUACCAAAUUGAUUUUGAUCCUGAUACCUUCCAACCCAUUGGUCAGUAUGCUGCAAAGUUUAAAAGUUAUUUGUCAUUCAUUGCACGUAGCAAGGUUAGUAUAAAUGAAAAGCAAUGGAAAAAGAUAAGCGAUAAGUUGAAGGACGUGAUAUGGGACGAUAUCACGUGUAAGUUCACUUGCCCCACUGAUAAAGAAUUUAGGAAGCAUUGGUUUGUUUAUAUGGGGGAACGAUUGAAGCAAUUUAAGACAUUGCUCUCAAAUGUCUAUAUAUUUGGGAAAGGAGAUAAGCAUGGAAAUACAACUCCAUUUGAAAAGUAUAAAUUUAUCAAAGAAGAAGAUUGGGAUUUGUUUGUCCAGACUCGACAAAAAGAAGAUUUUCAAGAGAAAAGGCUAAAAGGAAAGACACAUGCAUCAAAGAAUAUCCACCCUCAUAUUUUGUCUCGUGGUGGUUAUGAAAAACUUAGGGCCACCGUAAUGGAAGAGAGGAGGAAAAAAGUGAUUGAAGAGGCCAAAGGUGAUGAAAGUUUGAUGGUUGACCCUCCCGAACUAAAGCGAUAUGAGGCAUGGUUGAUGGCUCGACAGAAGCCAUCGGGAAAUUUUACAUCUGAGGCAACAAACUUAGUAGCAUCUAAGAUUGGAGAGUUAGUGGAAAAAAAUACACAAGGUACUAUUGUCUUUGAAGGGCGUGACGAUAUCUUGACUGUUGCCCUUGGAAUAAAUGAACACCCUGGUCGGAUCCGCACUGCUCCUAGGGGUGUGAGCUUUAAGAAAUUCUAUGGAAAAAGUUCACGCUCCACCUUAGGAGGUGUCUCUCAAGAUGACCUUCUAGCCCACCUUCAAGCCUUGGAGCAAAAAAUGAAUAUAGAUUUCCAACAUAAAUUACAAAAACAUCUCCAACAACAAAGAACAGAGCUCCAACAACAAAUGCAAAAAGAGAUGCAAGAGGAGAGAGCUCAAAUCCAACAAGGAAUGAAACUCCUACAACAGAUGCAAUUGGAGCUCCGCUCCGAGAGGCCUAAAGAGAUGUUUAUAAAAGAGCAUGUAGAAUCUGUGGGUACGAGCACUAACGGAAGUUGCUCAAAGGUUAUGACUACUGAAGAUUUAACUAAAAAAAUGGAUGCUUCUGAAGAUUACCUCAAAAAGAUUAACAAUCUCAAGGAAAAUUCAUUCUCUCUAGAUUUGGAUCAUGAAACAAGUGAACUCUCAGUUUUUAUUGAUAGGGUGGAUCUUAAUGAAUUAACUUCCGGUAUUAAAUGGCUAUCCACAUCUAUCUUGUCUUUAUGGUGCACAUAUCUACAUCGCAUGUGUAUCUCCAAGAAUUUCAACAAACUAUUUGGGUUUCUCGAUCCAAAUAGGAUACUAGUUCACACAAAACCGGCCGAAGUUAUUCAAACAUACAUACAAAAUAAGUUGGAUGGAGAGCCAAAAAAAUGUUAUUUAGGACCAUUGCUAAAUAGCAAUCACUGGCAAUUGUUUGUCAUUUGUCCUGAAGAUAAUAUUAUUUUUUGGUUUUGUUCAUUAAACAGAUCUCCUAAGAAAAAUAUUAAGGUCAUAUUGGAGGGAGCUCUAGAAGGUUAUCAUUUAUUAAGAGGUAUUAAGAAGAAGAAGCCUAAUUGGAAGAAUAUUAUGGGGCAUCAACAAGAUAACGGAUGGGCAUGUGGAUAUUAUGUCAUGAAAAAUAUGUUUGACAUUAUUGAUGCUUGUAUUGUUGAAAGAUUCAAUGAGAUAUUCACAGACACCUCAUCAUAUGAAAAAGAGUCAAUUGAUCACAUCCGACAACUUUGGGCUCAAUUCUUUUUGCAAAAGGUUGAAGAGCAAGAGAACCAGGAAAAGAAAGAUUUAAUGACAAAACAGAAGCGAUUAAAAAAAACUUAUAUAUAGAUAUAUUUUUGUUCCAUGAAUGAUUUAUUGGUACAAGUUACAUGAACAAAGUGGUUGAAUUUUUUUCUUACAUGAAUACAAUUUU